GUUUAUUUACCAUUGUUUUACUACUGUAGAAUUUUUCCUUCUUUCUAGCAAUGCGAUGUCAGGCGUGGCGGUGGUAGCUCACGAAUACUAAGACAUGACUUGAGACUAUCGCGUGAAGCGACCGCCGAAAUGAGCCGCGAUCGCGUCUUAUUUCCGACACCGCUCGUCUCCAGAAGCUCAAAUUUCCUCGACAAUAGCUCAAUUGGAGCUGCAGCUCGGUAGCUGGAUCUUGUACUCUUUAAAUCAAUCAAUUGGAAGAAGUCUGGCACUGGGAUCCGACACAAUGGCCAUAGAACCCUCAUCAUCCCUCCCGCCCGACCUGUUCGACCAAACAACAAUCAUCUCCCUCCUCUCGACUCUUGCAAUCGUCUUCGCCGCCUAUGCUGCCUCUUUGAGAUUCUUACCAUCCUCCUCCUCGGGGGUUCUCCGGUUUCUCUUUAUAUGGCAUCUCGCCGAUGCGCUGUGUCAUUUUCUCCUCGAAGGCAGCUUUUUAUACCACUGCUUCUUCUCGCAUCAGCCCCUCGCCGAUGAUGCGAAGACGGACCUGUUCCCAACACCUCCUGGAUUCUUAGGUUAUAGCGAUCGAGUAUAUGGUGCGCAGUCAGGUGGAAGUAAUCCGUUUGCCCAGCUGUGGAUGGUAUAUGCGAGGGCUGACAAGAGAUGGGCUGGUGUCGACUUGGGGGUUGUGAGUCUGGAGUUGUUGACUGUGUUCUUUGAUGGGCCUUUAGCUGUUUAUGUGUGCUACUGUCUCGCUAAGAAGGACCCCAAGGUCAGCAUCUGGAUGAUUGUCCUGGCUACUUGUGAGCUGUACGGCGGAUUCAUGACUUUCUGUCCUGAAUGGCUCAUUGGAAGUGCCAAUCUCGACACGAGCAACUUCAUGUACCUUUGGGUUUACCUAUUCUUCUUCAACACUCUCUGGGUCUGGAUUCCGCUUUGGGUCAUUUGGUACUCAGUCAAGGACAUCUCAAAUGCCCUGAAUCUGCGCCAAAGUAAGAAGACUCUCUAGACACCAAGUGGCCACAAGCCAUGAAAUCAUUUUAUAUUUGCAGUAUAUAUAUAGUGUUGUUGAACUGCAGGGAUAUGGGUGCAGAACGCAAAGCCCGGCUGGGGCACUGAGAUAAUGGAUGUGGGCUAGGGGCAGUCAUGCAGAGCCUCUUGUGAAGAGUUUCUUUUAAUCCAAGCCUAGAUACCUGAAGCUUAGAUCUAGGCCUUAUCAUAGAUCCUGAAGAUUAGGAUAACAUCGUCGUAAGAGCCGUAAAGCUUAUGGUCAGGUCAUCGUAAGUUCCUUAACAUUGUUCGUCCUCUAUUGCAUGGGUAAUAAUUA